AUGAAUAAAAAACCAGUUAAGACUUGUCGAGUUUGUGGAGAUUUUGCUAACUUUACAACGGUGAUUUAUCAUAAAUUAAUUUGUUUUAAAAGCAAUAAUUGCGUUAUCACAAAAGAAACAAGAAAAGAGUGUUCAAAAUGUCGUUAUGAAAAAUGCUUAAAUAUUGGCAUGAAAACAUCUAAAACAAUUUCCAAAAGUAGAAAACAAGUUUCAGUCAUAUUCAAAGAAAUCGAAAAUUUGCCGCGUUUAAGACAGGCGCUCAACAAGUCUAACACUUUAAGCAAUUAUGAGUUGCAAUGUAUCAAAAAUGUCAACUUUUCUUUCAAAUAUUUUGUAAAUGAAUCACAACUGAAUUUUUCUGAUAUUAAUUCAAAUGAACUAAUGGAAAAUUUGCCAAUUGCUAAUAUGCAGGCAUAUAUUCGGCAAAUGCUUCGUUAUCUCAUGAGAGUAGACCUUUUUAAAUCGUUUCCAAAGAACAAACAAAUAGACAUCAUUAAACAUGCAAGUUAUGCUUUUGCAGCCAUUAGAUGUGCUGCCAGUUAUGACCCAGUUGAGGAAACCUAUGUUGUUUUUCCAGAUGAAACAUCUAAAAUAGGAUACAAAAUGAAAGCAAACUCGUUGCAUGAAGCAAUUGACGACAAGGAUGGGCUUGAUGAAAAUAUGGCAAUUGUUAUCAAUUUAAACAAAUUUAUGUUAAACGAUGAAACAGUUACAAACUUGAUUUCUUCUGUAUCAAUAGCACUUUCUUUGCACUAUUAUAUUAAAUCAGAGUAUUUAAG